AUGUCCACCUUGCGACGAUUUGCUAGCUCCGUCGCUUCAAAACCUUAUUAUAUCACCAGCCCAAUCUUCUACGUCAAUGCCAAACCACAUCUAGGCCAUCUCUACUCGAUGCACUUGUGUGAUACUCGGAGUAGAUGGGAAAAACUUAAAAACAAAGAGUCAUUCUUUGUGACUGGAACCGACGAACAUGGCCUUAAAAUUCAAGCCGUAGCCGAGAAAAGAGGCAUAUCUCCCAAGACAUUGGUGGACGAGGUGUCGUUAAACUUUAAGCAUCUAGCUGAAAAAUUUGAUAUCCAAUACGACAGAUUUAUUCGAACUACUGAUGGUGAUCAUAUAGAGUCUGUGAAACAUUUUUGGAAAACAAUGAACGAACGAGGGCUUAUAUACAAGGGAACACACAGCGGAUGGUAUGCUGUAAGUGACGAGACGUUUUAUCCUGAAUCUCAAAUUGAAAAAGUUACUGAUUCCAACGGCAUCUCAAAGAUGAUAUCGAAAGAGACGAAAAAUGAAGUAAUUUUUCAUGAGGAGUCCAACUAUUUCUUCCGUCUCUCAAAGUUUCGGGACCGUUUAAUAAACUACUUGAAAGAAAACCCCCAAUUGAUCACUCCCAAGAACAAAUACGACUCCAUCUUGGCAGAAUUAGAAGGUGAGAAAUUAGAAGAUUUGUCAAUCUCGAGACCCUCAUCUCGCUUGCUGUGGGGUAUUGAAGUUCCUGGCGACGACACCCAAAGGAUUUACGUCUGGUUUGAUGCUUUGAUAAACUAUAUCACUGCUGCAGGCUACCCCAAAUCACUCAAUGCUCCUACUUCUCCAUGGCCAGCCGUCCAUGUGAUUGGAAAGGAUAUCGCCCGCUUCCACUGCAUCUACUGGCCCAUCUUUCUCAUGGCUGCCGACCUUCCUUUACCAAAGCAAAUAGUUAUACAUUCGCAUUGGCUUUGCGACGGAUUCAAAAUGAGCAAAAGUUUGGGUAAUGUUGUCGAUCCUCUAGACACACUUGACUACUACGGCCAAGAUGCUUGUCGGUUUUUUUUGAGUGAAUAUUCAAACAUUGAGUCGGACUCCAACUACAGCGAAAGAGAGUUUCAUUUCACCAGAGAAAAUCUCAUUGGAAAAUACGCCAACCUCGUCACAAGGUGCGGAGGACCAUCAUUCGACAUUGAAGAAAGCGUUGCAAUGCUGAAAGAGGGCUCAUUCGACAAAAUUGAAAGCUUUUGGGAAGAUUGUCCGUACGAAAAUCCAGCUGCAGUAAAAGAUGCUGCUGGUAAACUUAGAGCUUGUCUCGAUAACUUGUAUCCUGCUAUGGAUACUCAUUUGGAGAACUUUGACCACAUGAAAGCAACUCAAGUUUGGUGGGAAGCAAUAGAAGCAGGCAACCAAUUGUUUCAACUUGGCCAGCCUUGGAUUUUUACCAAGGAAAUGAAAAACGAAAAUUUGCAACCUGAGAAAAGAGAAACGUCCAAACUAGUUCAGAGUUUCCUUGUGUAUAUGGCUGCGGAGACAUGUCGUAUCGGUUCCAUUUUAAUGGGUCCAAUCAUGCCCCAUCUCUCACACAAAAUUCUCGACCGUUUGGGUGUUUCUAUGCAGAAAAGAACAGCCCAGUAUGCCAGCGUUGGCCAAGACUCUACCUACGGUCACGGUGCGAACGAUAAAGGUAAAAAGUUGCCAAUAGAAAGGAUAAAGAUGAGAGAAUCCAUGUAA